UGGCUCUUGGAGACUGGCAGGCACCUUGCUCCUCUGGAGGACCAUGAAGGUACUGCUCGUGUGCAUGGCAAGUUGCUUUCUGGUGGUGAGUAGCGGAGACAUCAUCAAUCGCUGUGUCUUGGCCAAGAUACUGCAUCAGGAGGACGUGGAUGGGUUCGAGGGCUACUCCCUGCCUGACUGGCUGUGCUUGGCUUUCGUGGAAAGCAACUUCAACAUGUCAAAGGUGAACGAGAAUGCAGACGGCAGCUUCGACUAUGGCAUCUUCCAGAUCAACAGCCAUUACUGGUGCAAUGACUACCAGAGUCACUCGGAGAACUUCUGCCACAUGAACUGUCACGAACUAUUAGAUCCCAACCUCCUUUCAUCCAUCCACUGUGCCAAGAAGAUUGUGUCUGCAGCAGGAGGGAUGAAAAACUGGGUAGAAUGGAGAUUGCACUGUUCAGGCCGGCCACUCUCACACUGGCUUACGGGAUGCCAUCUCUGAUGAACUGGGGUGCAGAGCCACUGGAGACUCACUCCAGGACCCCUGGACCACUUGGAGGUUCUUCACUACUUCACCUUCUUGCCUUCACCUCAUGUCAUUUUUUUUUCUCUUCUCACUCACAAGUAAAACUGACCAGAGUCCCAGCUCCUGCUCGUGUUUAUCCAGGCCCAGUACCUUUGUUCCUAUCAUUUGCAA